UAAUAAAAGUAAUCACCAGUGUAGUACAUUUCCAAAUGCUGUGUUUCAUCAACCACCUGGCGUAUGCUCAGUAGCUAUUGUUCAUCUGUUUCCAAAUGCUAUUAUUAAUCUAAGUUUCCACUUAAGCUUUCUGUUCUAGCAGUUUUAGAUAUGCAGGGAGACAUAUUUUGGUGCGAAUGUCACACUCACAGAUUUUCAUAAUCAACUAAUCGAGCUCAUAUUAGUAAACCAUAGUUUUUGGGGUAAUCUAAUUACCAACCACAUUGUAGGACCAUCUCAAAAAAUAUUUGUGCUAGCACAACUAGAAGCAAAAAUCAGUAAUUCACUGUGCUGUCUUGUUAGCAAGAGCUCUACCAGUUCCUCACUUUAUGUAAUGGGUCUGGUUCCCUGGAUGAACAAAUUAUAGUCAACCAGUUAGAGUAGAGGGCUAUCUUUUUGGAUCUCUUUCAUCUACAUGCGGACAAAGGUCAGACAACAUAGUCUGUAGCAAUAGUGGAGUGGACCAUGUAUCCACUACUGCAAAUUGGUUCAUCUGUUGUAAUGAAUAGAUAUGCUGAUAAUAGCAUCCACUCAGCAAGCAAAGAAGAAGAAGGAGAUAUAUUCCCAUUUUGAAAGCCAUCACAAAUGUCAUAAGUUGAUGGCAUCAUUAUCCAUCACCAUCAAUCUCACUUAAAACAGGUCUAACUUGUUAUUAUAUGAGAAUUGAUUCCAAAAUUGAUGGAUGGUGCAGAGCGCACAAUAAUUUCUGGGAGCAACAGAUGCCACUGUUAAUAUAGGGUAACACUUUAACAGUUUGUAAAGUCGAAAUAUUUUCAAGCUAAUAUUUGUGUAGGAGUUCUAUUGUGUAAGGGGGUUAAGUGUAUAAUCUUGAAGUACAAGGGAUGUAUUUUGCAUUUGACUCAUAUUGGAAGGGUGUUCAGAAUAAUUUACCAGACUAUAUAUAUAGAAACUCGUUACAUUCCAUGUAUAGAGUCAGCUCUUCUUGAAAGAUGACUAAAAUUCCCUCUUUCCUCCUUAAAUUGCUACUUGUCUUGAUAUUUGCUGGAUGGGUAUCACUUUGGCUUCUCAAGCCCACGCAACUAUGGACUAAAACUUGGAAAAUUGCAGAAGCAAAGGCAUCAACCUCAUUCUUAACCCAAACUGGUCCUACAGGUCUUAAUUUUGCUGUCUACACCUUCCCUGUUAUUGCUAUAGCUAUAGUAGGUUUUAUGUACUUGGAACUGAAACAAAAGGAACCAACCAGCAGGAAAGGAAGAUCUUCACUAUCUGUUCUCUCCAAUCCACUAGUUGUGAAUAGGUAUAUAGGAAUGCUGUCUGGGUUUGAAAUCCUUGCUGUAUCUCUAUUCGUCAUCUUUCUAGCAUGGACAUUCUAUUCGCGUAUCUCCAGUGACUUCAAGAAGAUGAUACCAAUUAAAUCAUUCGCUUUGCACGUAUGGCAAUACAGAAUCUUUAGAGUCGCAACAAGGUGUGGUUUAUUAGCAGAAGCCUGCCUAGCUCUUCUUCUUCUUCCCAUCUUGAGGGGGAUGUCAAUAUUUCGAUUAAUUGGCAUCCAAUUUGAAGCUUCCGUGAGAUACCACAUUUGGCUUGGGACAGCAAUGAUAUUAUUUGCCACUUUACAUGGUGGAGGUACUUUUCUAAUCUGGGGUAUGAAACAUCGCAUUGGAGAUGAGAUGUGGAAAUGGCAAAAGGUAGGGCGUAUUUACCUUGCUGGGGAGAUCAGUCUUGUUACAGGAUUGGUCAUCUGGAUCACGUCACUUCCACAGAUCAGAAGGAAACGAUUCGAGAUCUUCUAUUAUACACAUCAUUUGUACAUAGUGUUCAUACUAUUUUUCCUGCUUCACGCUGGAGAUCGCCACUUUUACAUGGUUUUCCCUGGCAUUUUUUUGUUUUGCCUUGACAAGAUACUCCGAAUAAUUCAAUCGAGGCCAGAAACGUAUAUUCUUUCUGCUCGAAUCUUCCCUUCCAAAGCCAUAGAGUUGACACUGCCAAAAGAUCCAAGGUUGAAGUAUACACCAACAAGCGUGAUUUAUGUCAAGAUCCCGAAUAUUUCAAAUUUUCAAUGGCAUCCCUUUAGCAUAACUUCUAGCUCCAAAGUUGAUAAAGACACUAUCUCUAUUUUGAUCAAAGCUGAGGGACGGUGGACCCGCACUCUCUAUAAUAUGCUACAUUCAAAGACUGACGCAGAAGCUGAUGGAAUGAGAUUUUUUCACGUAGCAACAGAAGGCCCUUAUGGACCUUCAUCAAUGGACUUUCUGAGAUAUGAUAGUCUACUUCUAGUUGCAGGUGGAAUUGGGGUUACACCAUUCUUCAGCAUUCUGCAAGAAAUUGCCUCAGCAAGAAGUAACAAAAAUGUAUUACCUGUAAAAGUACAGCUUGUCUACACCAUAAAAGAUUCCCAAAGCAUCUGCUUGUUAGACCCAGUCCUACCGCAGGUUUUUGAUGAAGAACAAAGUUAUCUACAACUUAAAGUGUUUGUCACGCGGGAACACCAAGCCAACAAAUCCCUACGUGAAGUGCUAGAUGAGGUCUCUAAAAUACAAACCAUUCAUCUCGCCAACAAGCGUUCUGGUUAUGCAGUAUAUGGACUUGAGAACUUGCGAUGGAUGGCCGUCCUCCUUCUGUUGGCGUCUAUCAUUUUUCUAGCAUUCCUUAGCAUCUUCAACCAUAUUAUUAUCAGGCCUAAUAAGAAGUCAUCUGAACAGAAAACUGCCUCCUCAAUAGUGGACGUUCUUCUCAUAUGCUCGUUUGCAUUAGCACUAAUAUCUAGCACCUUAGUGGCUACCUUAUGGAGAUGGAAGAGGCUAAGUGAAGAAAUUCCACCAUUUUCUGAAACAGAAAGAAAACCAAUGAAACCAACAGAAGCAAAUAAAGGUUUUGAUCAACAUGAAAUCCAUUUUGGAGCAAGGCCAAACUUUAAAGACAUAUUUUCCCAGUUUGCUAAUGAAUCCAAGGGAUCCAAUAUCGGUGUCUUCGUUUGUGGGCCUGAGACAAUGAAAGAGUCCGCAGCUACAACUUGCCAUCAAUACUCUCAGACUUUCCAAAGCAGAGGGCAAGAACAAAAGCCAUCUUUCAGCUUUCACCCGUUAAAUUUCACUCUCUAAUAGUCUUUGUGAACAAUGGUCGAACACAUUGUCUACAAAUGAACUAAAUAAAGUCUUUGGCCUUGACAAUCAAGUAUCAACAAAGUAUAGUACAGGUUUCAGUUUCCUAUUA